UUUGUUUUCUUCAACAUUAUAAUUCAACAAAAAAACAUGUCUUCCCAUACCUUAAAAGUUGUUCUCUCAUUCAUCAUUUACACAUUUACCCUUGUGACCAUAACAAGGGCCGGCGACCCGGACAUACUAACCGACUUCAUAAGCCCAAUAACCGGCCCAAUCGAUGCAAACUUCUUCACUUACACGGGCUUUCGCGUGCUCGUCGGACCACAAAACCCAAGCCCGCCACCUUUCAAAGUACUAAAAGCAACCAUGAUAGAAUUUCCAUCAUUGAAUGGACAAAGUGUGUCCUAUGCUUCUCUUCAAUUCCAACCUAAAAGCAUUAAUCCACCACACAUUCACCCACGUUCAGCUGAACUACUCUUUCUUGUUCAAGGCUCACUUCAAGUUGGAUUCGUCGACACAACGAAUAAACUCUUCACACAAACUCUUUCAACCGGCGAUUUGUUUGUGUUUCCAAAGGGUCUCGUUCAUUUUCAAUAUAAUGCUGAUGAUAAGGCUGCUGCUGUUGCUAUAUCAGCCUUUGGCAGUGCUAAUGCUGGCACUAUUUCACUUCCUAAUACGUUGUUUAAUACUUCUAUUAGUGAUAAUGUCUUGGCUUUGGCUUUUAAGACUGAUGUUUCCACCAUUCAAAACUUGAAGAAAGGGUUUUCUACCUAGUCAGAAAGGCCUUGUGAUGGGUAAUAGAUUUGUGUUUAUCUUAUGUUGAUUUUUAUGUUUUUGUUUUAUUGUUGAAUGAGUGCUUUUAUGUGUAAGUCUGAGAUGGACAUUGUUUGAUUGUGUUUUCUGUAUUAAUAAU